AUGGGUAUCUCUGGUAAAUACAUACCUGCCUCCACAGAGGAGCCAGCUCCCAAUGGGAAAAAUGAAUCCCCACUGGACAAUAGUUCUCAGGAAUCCAUGAAACUCAAGAAGGAAAUCUCCUUGCUGAAUGGAGUUUGCCUGAUUGUGGGCAACAUGAUUGGCUCUGGGAUCUUUGUGUCGCCCAAGGGUGUCCUUAUGUAUAGUGCUUCCUAUGGCCUUUCGUUAGUCAUCUGGGCAAUUGGAGGAGUGUUUUCAAUAUUCGGUGCUUUAUGUUAUGCUGAACUAGGUACAACUAUUACCAAAUCAGGAGCAAGCUAUGCCUAUAUUCUUGAGGCCUUCGGUGGCUUUAGCCUUCAUCAGACUAUGGACAUCCCUCCUCAUUAUUGAGCCUACUAGUCAAGCUGUCAUUGCCAUCACAUUUUCCAACUACAUGGUACAGCCCAUCUUCCCAUCCUGUCAAUCACCGUACUCUGCUAAUAGGCUCAUCGCAGCAGUGUGUAUUGCACUUCUGACCUUUGUGAAUUGUGCCUAUGUUAAAUGGGGCACCCGUGUCCAGGAUGUGUUCACUUAUGCCAAAGUCCUGGCUCUGAUUGCAGUGAUCAUCGCAGGAAUUGUAAAGCUUGCUCAAGGUCGUACAGAGAACUUUGAUGAUACUUUCGCUGGUUCCUCCUAUGAUGUUGGGCAUAUUGCUCUUGCUCUGUAUUCAGCCCUCUUCUCUUACUCGGGUUGGGACACACUGAACUUUGUCACUGAAGAAAUAAAGAACCCAGAGAGAAAUUUACCCUUGGCCAUUGGGAUCUCUAUGCCUAUUGUGACUGUGAUUUACCUGCUGACCAAUGUGGCCUAUUACACAGUGCUGGAUAUGCACUCCAUUCUGGAAAGUGAUGCUGUGGCUGUGACAUUCGCUGAUCAGAUAUUUGGAAUAUUUAACUGGACGAUCCCACUUGCCGUGGCUCUGUCAUGCUUCGGAGGACUGAACGCUUCUAUUCUUGCUGCUUCCAGGCUGUUUUUUGUUGGAUCCCGAGAAGGACACCUUCCUGACGCUCUCAGUAUGAUCCACGUAGAGCGAUUCACACCCAUCCCUGCCUUGCUGUUUAAUGGAGCAAUGGCUCUGGUGUACCUGUGUGUUGAGGACAUCUUCCAGCUCAUCAAUUAUUACAGCUUCAGCUACUGGUUAUUUGUGGGUCUCUCUAUCGCAGGACAACUGUAUUUGCGCUGGAAGGAGCCAGACAGACCUCGACCACUCAAGCUCAGUCUGGUAUUUCCGGUGAUAUUUUGUCUUUGCACUGUGUUCCUGGUGGCCGUGCCCCUGUAUAGUGACCUAAUCAACUCUCUGAUUGGAAUAGCCAUAGCCCUUUCUGGAGUUCCAGUCUAUUUCCUAAUUGUACGGGUCCCCGAACACAAGAAACCAAACUGCUUAAGGCGUGUAGCAGCCGCGGUCACUCGGUAUACUCAGAUUUUGUGCUUCUCUGUCAUCACUGAGAUGGAUUUGGAGGAAGAAGAAAAACUGGCUCCAAAGUCUGAAUGA